CGGAAGUGACGCCACCAGGCAGCAGGUGGCGUCACACAGCUCGCAGAAGCCGGUGUAUCUUAGCUUCCGUCGGAGAGGAUGUAAACAGAAGGACACCGAGUCCUGAGAGAAAGCGGUUGAAAACAUGACCAAGCUGGAGCUCCUCAACGUGUUUCUGAACGACAGGCUCACGGCGGCGGCCGAAGACAUUUUUCGCGCCGUAAAAGACACGGUGGUGGAGUACCAGAGUGAAAUCCUGCGCUCCAAGGAGGAGAACGAGCGACUCAAACGGCUCCUGAAUGUGGCCGUCCAGCGGCUACUGCUGCAGUCAGGUGAAGAGCAUCGGCUCACGGCGCUCACUGAACCCCACUCUCAGGCCCAGGAAGACGGUCAGCUCUGUGCGUCUGAGUGUGGAAGGAGUGCAGGGUCACACGUCAAAGAUGAACAAAGAAACGCUCAAAGUCACUGCUCGCACCAGCUAAGCAACUCUGAGGAAGGAAACUGCAGGAGCGUUGAGCCGCUGAGGUUAAAUGCUCCACCUGCCCAAACCGCCUCGCUGCCUCCGCUUACAUCCCCAGAGGUGAAGACGGAGACGGACGGGGAGGACAGCAGGAAGCAGCAGUGCUGUAACAGCCUGCCAGCGGCCGCUAACGCAGCUCAGAGUGAUUCUCGUGCCACCGCUGCAAAGACACACAGGACUGUGAGAAAUGAGCAGCAGGUGAAGGGGCUGCUGCGCUCAAACGGAAAGCAAAGUGCUCACAUACUGCAGAUUAAAAAUGUAAAGUCUCUGAAGGCGUCGUCAUCGCGGCCCCAUCAUCCGAGCCAGAGCAUCCAGAGGUGGCACAGCUGCAAUGAGUGCGGGAAGGGCUUCAACUUUGCCUGCCAGCUGGAGGUCCACAUGCGCUGGCACACCAAAGAGAAGCCAUACAGCUGUGCGGUGUGCCGGAAGAGCUUCACCACCGUGAGCAUGUUGAAGAGGCACCACCGCAUCCACACCGGAGAGAAGCCUUUCCGCUGCCACGUCUGCGGGAAAUGCUUCAACCAGUCAGCUCAUCUUAACACCCACUUCAGGCUUCACACCAGAGAGAGGGCCGGCUGGAGCCGAGCGCCACACUGCAAGUUGUCCCAGUAGGAACCCGCUUCAUGUGUAAACACCAAGAACUGUUUCUUCUAGUGGUGUACAGUGGUGGUGUGUGCUUGUGUCUUGUUGUGCAAUAAACAUGACAACUGCAGAU